UUAUGAGACAAAAUAAAUCGGAAUAUAUAACUUUUAAAGAAUUGAUAACUAACUCUCUCUUCAUCUAGUGACAAACGAAUAAAUUUGUAACUAAUAUCUUAAAGACCAAAAAAAAAAAAGAAUUCAGAAUUUAUCUAGAAAUAUAGAGAUUUCUCAGAAGAUCAAAAAUAUCAGAAGCAAAAUUAACAUUUACAUGCCUCGACUUGACCUAGCGUGGAUAAAAAAGCUCAAAAAGUAUAGUACUAGUGUCCAAGCUAUCAUUUAAAUCUUUUCGACAACGUCACUCGCUAAGUCGUCACGGUGUGCGGAUUGGGGCGAAUCCUUGGCUACAUCGGCGGACGACCGUCGGUGGGGGCCACCAACAUGUCGCAAUCCGGGUCGGGUGGACUGAGCGAAGCUCAAGAACAAAAUCAAGCUGGACAAACAACGGACAGUCAACAAACAACUUGCCAGAACGGUCGCGCUGAACCACUCGCUGAUACUACGAGGCAAGACCUUUCUAACGGUUUCGAAAAUCGAACGAUGGAUUAUGAGAGAUUUACCCAAGAAAGGACACAGCAUACUUCAGUUACUGUUCAGGAUCAGCAAUCGCAAUCUCUUUCACAGCAUCAGCAUCAACAUCAGCAACAGCAGCCUCAGUUACAACAGCAGCAGCAGCAACAACAACAACAACAACAACAACAACAACAACAACAACAACUUGCUCAUCCCAUCGCUCAGUAUCCGCCAGGAAGAAGGCAGUCUGUAGGAUUGCCAGAAGACAAACAUCCCUCAAUGGGUCAAUUACCACCCCCGCAAUAUAAUCCAGAUAAAAACAACUCCGAUAGAGUUCAGCAUGUGUCUCAGACCAGUACUCAAACAGUACCGGUACAAGUGCAACCACAAUUUGCACCUGAUUACGAUCAAAAUCAAUACCCACAGAUACGGGGACAAUUCGAAGUCAGAUCACAAAUCUACCCGCAAACACAAUAUUCCGAUAGAGCUGGUUAUGUAACAAGAGACGUCACCUAUCGAGAUCCAAAUCUUUACGGUCAAAGUGGUGCUACCAAUCCGAUAUUUACCGGACAAGGUCAAUACGUAACGGUUCAACAUGGCUCACAAAUACCCUCACAAUCUGCUAGUCCGCAGCCACCUUAUUAUUCGGGUGUAGUCGUACCACAGCCAUCAAAUAGUUACGCUCAAUUCGGUACUCAGCCGCAAUAUCCUUAUAGUCAGUAUCCACAAACGGUAAUGAACGCCGUACCGUAUAAUCCGCACGCCGGUAUUUAUUCGACUCAGCAAUACUCCGGACAACAAUCGCCAAAUCCGCAGAGAUUUUCACAAGAGAUUGGUCAAUACCAGACACAACCGAUAAUUCAACCGAUCGCGCAGAAUGUAACGCAUGGGAUUGCUAUUCAGACGACGGAGCGGCCCUGUCGAGGACCAAAACCGAUGGUACCACCUCGUGGCAAUUCCAAGAUCACUACCCAUGAUCCUGGACAUAGAAAAUCCGCCAGCGUCGAUGUGCCGGCAUUGCAAAAAGCAAAAUAUGAGGCAAAUCCAGCUGUUCAACAAGAUUCGAUUCAUCGUAGCGAGGGUGCCAUUAUUAUGACGGGCGCGCCAAUCGGUCCAGAUGGUUCGGAUAGAAGAUUUUUAACAACGAUUAAUCAAAAUCCUAGAACGAGGCAGGAUGGUUUGUAUGUGGAUACGAAUAGUGAUCAGUCAAGCAGAGACAAACUAGUCGAUACAAUUGCCACCGAGUGUGGUUUGUAUGUAUCCAGAUCAGAACAUAGGAAAUCUAUAUCUGUUGAUGUGACUACCAGCUUCCAAAGACGUAACGACACAAUAACUUUUACGUUUCCUGGUGAUGGCAAUCAAGAAAUUAUAUCUGGAAGAAAAACUACAACUGUAGUUGACGCAAAGAGAAUCGAGACUAAUCAGAUGUUUCCUGCCGAGCAAAGAAGAUUGGAUGCAAAUCUACGUGUAUCGCCAAUGGCAUUUGACACAAGACAAGAAAAUAGAAAAAGCAUAGGGACCGAUAGAAAACCUGAAUGGGGUAAUGUGAGUCCGAAUCAAAGGAAUGUCAUCCCUCCAGAGAAUAGACGCUCAGAUUAUUUUGAGGAACAUAGAAGAUCACCCAUGAAUUUAGAAAGCAAGAGAAUAGAGGAUGUAAGAAGAUCGCCUAUGCCAUUUAUGCCAAUUCGCGAAACAUCUGUUGAUCGAGCCGGGCAAAAAAGUCCUUCUUUCGUUAACCAAAACUUUGAAAAGACUAGACAGGAGCUAGCGAUCUGGGCAGAGCAACGUCAACGGCAAGAACACGAAAGGAGCAUGAUGCAAGGUCCGGUAUUUACGACAAGUCCCCGUUCCCGUAAUCCGUCGGAGGAGAGAAGAGAUAUCAGAUCGAUUCAUCCGCCAGAUGAUCGUAAAGAAUCCAGAAUGUCUCAGUCGGCAUUUCAACCUCUUCCUAAUAUUAGUCAGAGUACUAUAAUGGAGCAACGUCGACAUUUGAGACACGUUAGUGCCGACCUGACAAAGCACAUGGAACUCUCGAGAAAGGAUUUCGAUGAGCAACCUAUUACAGGUUCUGUAGUGAAUCUCGGCUCGAUAGUUAGUACUGCUUCGUCUCAGAGAGCUAGUCCGAAUCUUUGUCAUCAGUAUCCAGCUCUCAGUGAAGCAAAGUUGGACACGAAGACUGUAUUGACUGUGGUAACUGAUUUUGGCGAAACGACUACUACUAGUAAACCAAUUGAGCAGAUCGAUCACAUAAUCCAUAGUCAUCGUAAAAGUCAGAAUAUCUCAUCUAAUUUACUCACUCAUAGCAAAAGCCAGACGGAAAGCUUACAGAAUAUAUUGGAUAAUCAGAGUGAGAAAACUGAUUCUCUUCACACCCAACAACAACAAAUACAGAAUCAACAAAGUUUGGACUUAAUCUCCGAAAAGCUAAGCCAAUUUGAACGUCAGCAAAGCGACCUCCAAGCUAAGUUGCAAUGUCUUCAGAACCAGAACCAGAUUCUGGACAAAGUGGCACAGUUUCAACAUCAACAGAGCGACCUCCAAGCUCGAUUGCAAAGUUUGCAGAAUCAAAGUCAAUUAAACGAUAAGACUCAUAAGAUAUCCAGCGAUUUUGCGCAACUUCCGUUAACGAGCGAUACUCAUCAAGCGAGCGCUCUUCCGAAUCAUCAAGAACAAUCAUCGGAGAAAUCUUGUUCGGCUCAUCAAUCGGUACAUAGCCUUCAUCAGACGCUUCUAACUACGUAUCCACAGAACACGACACUUCAAGCCUGCCAAUCGUCAGUGUGCGAGAAACUGACGUCUCGCGUGCAACACGACAUUUCCGAUCCGAAUUCCAUUCAGAUACCGAACAUGUCGCAAAUGCCGUUACCAUGCCUUCCGCAAUUCGAUCGCGCCGACGCGUCGCGUACUUCGUUUUCCCAGUUUCACCGACUUCAGUGCCAGAUCGAGAGUCACGAGAGUGCUUCGGGGACAAAUGCUGGUCUACCUGCAAGCUCUUUCACUGGUACACUGAAGAAAAUUCCGCCGGAGAAACCACCACGGACGUCCUUGAUAGUGCAAUCGCCAGAAGCCGAGAGUAAUCGCAGCCAACCAGCCAUUGGACUGAAACAGACGCCGAAAGCGCGGCCAACUAUUUUCGGAACAGUUGCCUCGGACCUGAACCCUAAAGAUGGAAAUAGCCGAAAGCGUUCAUGUCCCAUCUCUCGUCAACCGCUCACGCUGCUGGUGGACACGGAAAUUGCCCGAUCUAAUUUCCUCUCAAACGUGCUUCCACCUUCCAGAGCUUUUCGAUGUGCCGCGUUACGAAACGAUUUUCCGCUGGGUCGAUAAAUAAAGACUCGAUUCGAUGAGCGCUUGCUAACUAUCGCGUUAAAUGACCGAGCGCACUUUAGCGAAUGAUAGACUACAUUUAACGGGUUUAAUCUGUCUCUCGUUGAUUUUACGUUGGAGUUAAAUUAUGAUUUUUUUACUUACAUAAUUUUACGUUUACAAUAUUUUCCUUAUAGCACAUUGAUAUCACAUUCAUAAUCAAUUUUGUAGCAAACCAACAACAAAAUGUGACUCAAAAAA